AUGGAACGGUGGUGGCAGCUCCUGUUAGGGCUGUGGACGGUCAUGCCUGUCUGGGCUGGGGACGAGCUGCUCAAUGUCUGCAUGAAGACCAAACACCACAAACGAGAGCCUGGCCCAGAAGACAAGCUCUAUGAGGAGUGCAUCCCCUGGGCAGAGAAGGCCUGCUGCACAGCCAGUACCAGUUGGCAUGCCCACCUGGAUGUGUCCCUGCUCUACAACUUCAGCUUGCUUCACUGUGGGUUGAUGAUGCCAGCCUGUGAGGAGCACUUCAUCCAGGCUGUCUGCUUCUAUGAGUGCUCCCCAAACCUGGGGCCUUGGAUCCAGAAGGUGGACUCGAGCGGGCAGGGAGAGCGAAUCCGGGACGCGCCCCUGUGCCAGGAGGACUGCGAGCAGUGGUGGGAAGACUGCCGCACGUCUUACACCUGCAGGUCCGACUGGCAUGGCUCCUGGGACUGGAGCAGGGGGAAGAGCCGCUGCCCCGCGGGGGCCGCCUGCCGCCCCUUCCCGCAGCACUUCCCCACGCCCGCCGACCUGUGCGAGAGGGUCUGGAGCCACUCCUUCAAGGCGAGCCCCGCGCGCAGGAGCAGCGGCCGGUGCCUGCAGAAGUGGUUCGAGCCCGCCCGGGGCAACCCCAACGAGGCCGUGGCCCGCCUCUUCGCCGGCGCUGCCCCCGCCCGCGGCCUCUCCUGCCGCCUGGCCGGCCUGGCCGCCUUGUCGCUGCUGCUGCUGCUGGCGGUCCUGUCCGCGCGGCCCCUCCUGCCUCCUCCAAGGGAGCAGCACGGCCGGGCGGCUGCUGGGCCCCUGGCUGGGGGAGCCUGUGCCCGAGCCUGA